AUGCUCCGCUGUCUCAAGAAGUGGAUUCUUGUACCUCUUCUGGAACCUAAUGCAAGAGAAGCCAUGUUUGAGAAACUAUUGUCAUCAGCGCUUGGAGAAAAGAAACUUCCAUAUGAUUUAUUGGUGGAAAGGACACAAGGUUAUUCAAGAUCUAAUAUUCGUUUAGUGUGCAAAGAAGCUACUAUGCAGCCUCUGAGACGGACCAUGGCAUUUCUUGAAGAAAAUCAGGAAUUGGUGCCUGAGGAAGAGUUGCCAAUUGUGGGGCCAAUUACACGUGAAGACAUAGAGAUGGCUUUGAAGAACACAAGGCCUUCUACUCAUCUUCAUGCUCACCGUUACGAGAAGUUUAAUGCAGAUUAUGGCAGCCAAAUACUCCAAUGA